AUGCUAUCUGUGCUCCCAGAUAAAAUUGGCAAAGCAUUUGGAAAUGGUACUCUUUCGCUCUACUCAAGCAAAAAUAAUAAAUUGGCUGAACUUAUCAAUUCUAAAUAUACUGAAGACUUAGUUGAAGCAAUCAAAAUUUUAUACUGCGUAUCAAUUUAAUCUAUAAAUAUAGUAAUACUUAUAAAACAAGGAUCUAACACUUUAUAUGUCAAGAAUAAUUAAUUUACUUCCUAGAGAGGAUCUUGAAUUAAAGAGAUUGUGUUAAAUAUUGAUAAGUGAAUUUGCAGCACAGCCAAAUGCAAGAACCAGCAAAUCUCAAGGAGAUGUCCUUAUUUUGGCUACGGCUCCUAUUUUUAAAGAUUUAACUAAUUAAAACACUUCAAUCAAAUUAAAUGCUCUGAAAACAUUAUCAAGUUUGCGAAUCUAAGAACUUACUCCAAUGUUAUUCACAGCAAUAAGAAAGAUUUAAGCAGAUAAAAAUGGAUUGGUAAGAAGAAGUGUUGCCUUAUCAAUCCUUAAAAUGCAUGAUAUGUGUAGUGAAGAUGUUUAACCGGAUGAUUAUAAUGAUGUUAUCAAUUUUCUGCUUAAAGACACUCAUCAAACUAGACUAUAUGCUAUCUAUGUGAUUUUUAAAAUUACAGGUGAUCUCUCAAUAUUACAUAAAUAUUAUUUUUAGCUUAUCAAAGAUUUGCUAAAUUUUAAUAGUUUUGAUUUGGAAAGAGCUCUCCAAUUAUUAUAUUAAUAUAGUGUGAUGUACUUUAAAGAAGGAGAUAAGGACCUAAUCAAAUUAUUGGAUGCUUGUGAAAUCCUCUUAAAAUUACCUUAUCCAGGCAUAGUUUUAGCAAUUUCUAGACUAUAUCUUUAGUUCCCUUAAGAAUCGAGAAUUAAGAAACUUAUCAGAACUGUUGUUAAAUUUUUAAAUAUAGGAUCUGAAUCCAAAUUUAUAAUCCUUCAGAUGUUGCAUCAAUUUGCAGUAUCAUAUCCAUAAUAUGUAAAAGAGCAUUAUAGAGCACUUACAAUUCUCUAAAUUGAAAAACUAUAUUGUAAAUUGCUUAAAUUAGAAAUUCUAUCUUUAUUGAUAGAUGAAAAUAAUUUCAAUAAUAUUCUUGAAGAAUUGUUAUAUCAAGCCAGAUCAAAUUAACCAUAAUUAGUAGCAGUAGCUGUUAAGUUACUAUCAAAAACUACAAUCAAAUUUCCAAAAUUCAUCAAAAGAACUAUUAAAUCACUUUUAGAUAUUCUAAAAACUGGAAGUUCUGACACCAAGAAUCAUGUAAUUGCAUCUUUUUGCAAUUUAAUUAGUACUCAAGAAAGUAAGUUACCUCUUUUAGCAAUUUGUCUUUAAAAUAUUGAUGAUAUAAGUGAUAUUAGAUAUAAAGCUACUGUGAUUAAACUACUUAGAUAGGAAAUAGACUAAAUACCAACUAUUGCUGCUGAAAGCUUAAGAAAAUUAUCAUUAACUUUUACUUAAUAGCAUGAGAACGUUAAAUAUGAAGUAAAUUUAUUUUAAUUAAUAAUAGAUUUUAUUGCUAAGCCAUUAAAUAUAAACGAUCCAUCAGGAAUAACAUAUAGAGUUGUUGCAUUAAUAUAUAAUGACUUUGGCUAAAUUUGACUCAAGUCUCUUGGUUCGAGAUCUAUAUAGAACAUUGUCAAAAAGUAUAGAAUUUAAGGAAACCUUUGUUAAGGAGGAAGAAAGUGUUGCUCCUCCUUUAGAAAUGCACAAACUCCCCAUAGGAUCUUUGUCACAUUUAGUUGGAAUGCAUUUGCCAGGAUUGAAAUUCCCAACUUAUCUAAAUGAAGAUGCAAGUGAAAAAAGAAAAGUUGAAAUAAUAGUGCCACCGUAAAAAGUUGAAUAGCCUCCAUAACAAUAAUAAUAAUAAUAAAAAUAACAAUAAAUUUAAAAAUAAUAAUCAUAAACAUCAUAAGUUGAAAGUAAAAAAGAAGUUCUUAAAAGAGUGGAAGAAGAUGUUAAAAAACAUUAUUAGAAUCUGGAUUAAGUAUUAAAUGACUUCUUUACAGAUUGA